AGUCCCGUCAGUUCUGCUGAAUGCCAUGCUUGAAAAAAACCUCACACAAGUUUGGAUUCCUCCAAGACUUUCCCACAGCCUCUAUCACACAUCUGCUCUCCUAGAAGAAAAUGAAAAGCAUACCUAGUAAUAAUAUUUUCCUCUUUUACACUGUAUAUUUGUAAGAAAGUUAAGAGUGUGUUACUUCUGAAAGCAUGGUUUCACAGGCAUUGCUGUAGUGUUUGAAGAGUAUUUUCAAACAGAAACCAUAGGAAAGCAGACUACAAAAGCAAAACGAGAGCAAGUAUUUUUGUACCAAACCUUUUAAAUAGGACAAUCUUACACUGGGUUGGACCACGGUUUUUGUGCUUGACUUUUGAAUGCGUGUAAUUAAGAGUCUCUAUUCUCCUCCGUCCCACCCCGCCAGCUGCAUGUCAAAGGCAUGAUUUUAACCUGUGUGCAAAUCUAAAGAUGCGUGAUUCAAGUUUGUAGGAACUGUGCUCCCCCUGGCACACAGCCCGCCAGGCAUCAGCGUGCUCUGGCUGUGUCAGCAACACAUGUGUACACUUACAGUAUUACAGUUUUAUUCCCAGUUGUACCAAAUGACACCAGGCAGGACAAUCAGAAACUUUCUUAUGGUGAUUUUUUACCCUAGGGCUAUGUUAAUAGCUUGCUGUGCAAAGCUUCGGCAUGGUACAACGCUCGGAUCAGGGAUGGGCAGAGAAAGCCCACACAUGUAGCAAGGUGAGAAUUUGCCUCCUUCUCCUGCCAUGACUGCUUGAGGUCGUUAUUGGCAACAUAAACUGCUGUAUGAGAAAACCAAACCCACGGUUCACCAGCUUACUCAAGGUUGGGCUGAAGUCCUGUGCAGUCCUUGAGGGACUUAAGACACGUGCCUGCCAUUAUGCCAAAGUGCUCUGCUGAGCUGGGGUUUAAGAGUGAAGGUUGUGCCAGUCCGGCUGCUUGCUAUGUAGCAUUUCCGUGUUUCCACGUGUGAGCAAAGACAAGAAGGGGGGCCUGCUAACACCACUGCAGGAAUAUUUGUAACGUUUACAGAGACCGCGUACCAGCAAGGAGACUGUUUCAAGCAGUACAGUCCCUUAUCCUUCUUGUUCCAGGAGGUAUUUUGAGUAAUAAUAAUAAAAAACCCAAAGUGACUUCAGUUUCUUGCAAAAGGAGGUGCAAAACUCUGCUCCUUUAAUUGCCGUUUAUCCAACCCCUUCCCUGCAAGGAGAUUGGUGCUGCAGGGUACACUGAGCUUAGCUGCUGCCAAAUGGUGGAAGUGGAUGCCCAAGUUUCACCACAGUUGGUUUCACAGCUGUACAGAAGACACAGGGUGUCCCUGGUUUUGUUAAAUGUUAUAAGCUUCUUUUUUUCUCUUUCCUUUUAUUUUGUGGGUGGGCCAAAAUACAACCACUGAGAAUUUCAGCUUCCACAGCCUUGGUGGGGGAAUGAGAUGGUGAAAGGGAAACUGUCUCAUUUGGGUUUUCUCUAAAAAGUGGAAUUGAUAUAGGUGUUUUGAGAGCAAAUCAAUCCCAAGACAAAUGAUCAAGCGGAUCUAAAAAGGAAUGAUACCAGCAUUUCUAAGCAACGGACUAACUCUUUUAGCAAACUAUUUCCUGUAUUUUGUUUUGUGGAGAAGAGAGGAAAGAAGCUUCCACAUUGUCUACUCCGCUUUUGGAAAUAUGUUUAAAGGUACUUUUCUAUUGUAAUUUUUUAAAAAAUAAAACCAGUGAUUAUUAUAACUUAUGCCCAGAGUGCCAUGUGCUGUGUAUCUGGUUAGGAACAGAGCAGCAGGUCCUGGUUAAGCCCUGCAGUGUGCUAGUCCUGUUAAGGCACAGGGCCCUGCUCUCUGGAAAGGAAUACAGACACCUAAACAGCACCCAAAACAGUUUAACCAGAGUCUUUGUUUCUAAUGAGCCAUCAUCCAUUGUCAAAAAAACAGCCCAAGAUGAUGUCAGGUCAGUUCUCAGGGCAGGGAGGAACAGUUCAGAUUUUAUUAGCCUUGAAAAAAAGGAAGAUGAACGCAGCACUGAUGGCAAGUGCAGAGACGGAGUGUCACACAGCUAGCUAGCUGGCUGGCUGGCUGGCUGGCUGGGGAUCAUAACCCCACAGAGGGGAGAUGAGGAUCCCAAAUACCCUACUGGGCCCUAGGCACCGGAGAAUAGCACCCCAGCACCCUCUUUUCUUCCUCAAGAGGGGGGCAAAGACAACACUUCUAAGAGAUGUAGCAAUUUUUCAGGGCAGAUACUGUCCACUUGGAUUGCUUAGAUCUUAAGGAAAGUUCCAAAAUCCAGGCUGGAAGAGAUCAGCAGGCUUUAAAGAAAUGACUCCAAGUGUAUAAAGAUGUUAUCAGUUAGUUUUUAAACCUACUAAUCUUGGCACCGAGCACAGAAGCUAAGCUGCUAUUUUCCAUGAGCUCAGCCAUAGAAGGGGCAAACGUAACAUAGAGACGAAGGGCUAGACUUUGUUUUUUAAACAUGCUGAGAAUUUUUCAAAAAGUUGUCUGCAAGUCUGAGCUUAUAAAUCCCCCCUCCCCCCCAAUAAAUGUAACCAACCUCUCCAGCAGCCUCAGCUAACAGGCUGGACUCCUAAAACAAAGUACCAGUAGCAAGCUUCAGCUUAGCAAAAGCAGCCUUGAGAAUCACAUUUAAAUGACAUUAAAGCAUGCUGCAAGCUUUUCAGGAUGGAAGAAAAAGGCAUGCUGUUAUUUGAAACCCCUGGCUGUCAGGGACAAGCUGCAGAGUUAAGCCCUAAACGGAGAUGCUAAUCCCCGUGUGGCCACUGCAAGUCCCAGCUUUCUUUCCGAGUUGCAUUGGGAGAGGAGGUUUGCUGGCAGGCCCAGGGUAGGAGGGGAAGCCAAUGCAUUGCUCAGCCUAACUGCUCUUCAGGGCGGCGGCGGCAGCGGCAACUGGCUGACACCACUGCCCUGAGCACUGCUGCUAGUGAAAGAUGCUGACGCUCUCGAGAGCAGAUUCAGUAACAAACAUCCUCCAGCUAAGAAAGCCAUGAAACAAGCAGCCCCCAUUCAUGUCCUCCUGGACUUUGCCUGGGCACAGCAUCUGCACAGUCAUAUCUGCCCUAUGAAAAGAAGCAGGGCCCUGCUGAAAAUAUGUAACCUCUCGAACCAUUCCCCCCACCCCAAACCAAAAUGUUUUCGGUUUUGUGCUGAUUCCCAUUACCCUCAUUAGCGAGGGGCAGGAGCAGCUGGGCUGCAACCACUUAGCACAGACCCCAGCGUCCCCUUUGCCUGUGAUGAACUUUCUACACAGGGGCCCCAGGAACAUUCUUUUCCAGUUACCAUCGGGCCACUUACAGGAAGGCCCGAGCUGUUGGCUGACACAAGUAGAUUGCAAAACAGGGACAAGGACUCCCGGGCCAGUGCUGGCAUCAAGUACCAGGGAUAGUCCCGGGGGUACAAACAGGCAGAGCUGGAAAAACUGAGAUGAGAAAAGGCAUGCUCAUUGUUUCCAAAGCCUUCCCCCCCACCACCACCAAAACCAAGCUCUGGGAGGAUGGGAGCGGCUCCUUCCGCAUCCCUAAGCGGACAGUUGCUGCCCCAAGGAGCUCGCAUGCGAGGAGGAAGAAGUCGGCAAAGCAAUCUCUGAGGUCACUGGCCUGCUUGCACAGGCAGCAAGCUGGAAGCGACCAUGAAAGCAGGGAAAAGGCCAUAGGGGACUGCAGAGAAACGCACAGCACUGGCUCCCCGAAUGAGAAAGGCACAACCAAGCUGUGCGGCCCAGCCGAGCAGAGGAAUCACUGCAACACGGGCAAAGGGACGAGGAGGAGCCACAGGCACGGGCAGCAGCGAGGACAGAGCACAGGGGCUGGGAGGCAGCGGCUGGCACAGGGGGAUCGUGACACGGGAACGGAGACGUGGGCCGACUGGGGCAGAGAGAGCAAAGGGCAGACAGAGCUGGCGCCGAGGCAUGGACACAGUACCCGCCGCCCGGAUGCGGCCGGGAGGAGGGACGAGUGCGGUCCCUGCUCCUGCAGGCUCCUUGGGAGAGGGGGGAAGGAAGAACAGGGCUGGGAGAGGCAAGACAACAUGGCACCAGCGUUGGGCCAAGCAGCUUCAGAGACUGAGGAGACAUCCACAAAGAGGUCAGUAAAACCAGCUGAGAUGCAGGGUGGGAGAGAAGCUGGCACUGUAGUGGUGAGGAGGCGGUUCUGUGAGGACCCAGCGCAGCAAGGACAGCUGAGGCCAGUAAGAGCCCCAGAGGCAGGGAGAGGACGCAGUGCUUACCAUGGAUUCACUCCCCACUUCUCAAGGCUUGGGGAAAUCAGAAGGCGUGAACAGGGACUGCACUGCCUGAGAGCUCCCAAGCAAGAUAGUCCCGUGCUCCCUGCUCAGGCGAGCAUCUGCACCAGCACAAAAAGGCUGUGUGCACCCUGGAAAACGUGCUAGAGCAUCAGCUGUCCUCCUAACCUUGGGAAGGAAGGCGAUAAGCACACAGGGGAUUGCGCAGCACACCUAAAAGCCUGAAGUUUACCCUGCAGAGUAUCAGCACCCAGACCGGGGGCAGCCCUCACCAAGCCAGGCAAUACCCACACAGGAGACUACCUCGGGCUGCAGCGCCCCAACUGGGGAGACUGAUUCGAAACGCAGAGCUGAGCAGGAUCCCCGGAUCCAUCCCCUGGAACUGCAGGCUCUCCGGAGAGCCAGGCUUCACCUGGCGUUUAAACGCUGCUGUUUGCCUCUCUGCCAUGCUCAGGCUAGAAACAGAGCUGAAGAUGGUGCUUAAAAGCAAAGCUAAGAAAUACCAUUAGCAGAUCCUGAAAUACUUCUAAAACAUGGGGAAGUUGAGCAUUAGCAGAGUCUGUGCUUCAUCUCUGCUGUCUCCAUAAUUAACAGCUAGCUCACAAGGGAACAAAGAAGACAACAUAACUGAUGGAGAUAGGAGGGAAUCACACAAGUACUUCAUGCUUUGGAUGUAAGCCCAGAAGUACAGGUACAGUCAAAAAAUUAAGCUAAUGGAAGGAAAACCUCCUGCCUUAACCACCCUAUUCCCCUGCUGUGCUUGCACUCUGCACAACACCCCAGCCCACAAGGCUGGUGGAGUCAAACACAUGGGCCCCAACCACAGAAGCACUGACUGGUUUUCAGAGCACGAGAUCAGGGAGACUGGGGCUUUGUCUAGGUGAAACCUUCAAGGACAGGGCCACUCCCUCCUGCCGUGUUUUUUUUUUUUUCCCCCUCAUUACAAGGUUCUCUUCAUAUCCAAGCCAAACUUCCCAAACUGCCCUAUUACUUCAUCUGCCAUCCAUGAAUGUGCGAUCACAUCAUCCCCCCCAGCCACCUCCUUGCCACACCGAACUGGCUCGGGUUCACCUCCUCCUCGCUGGCCCUGGGCCCCAGCCCUGACCAUCCCCGGUAGCUCCCACCAGACCCUCUCCAGUGACCCCACAUCCCUUUUGAACGGGGGGCCCCAAGCCAGACACCACAUCAAGGCGCAGCCUCCCCCAGGCUGAGCUACCCUCACUCUGCUGGCCACAGGCCUGUUGACAUGGCCCAGGACACAGUUGCCUCGCUUGGGAAGAGUACAGACACACGCAACAGCCAGCACGAUGGAGAACUCGCUUCCUUGCGGAGAGCCCUGCAGUGUCCAGACAACACCUCCCUCCUAGGGAACUGUCAUUCUUUUGCAUCUGCUUGAAGGGGAGAUGUUCAGAGACCCUGAGCAGACUGACAAGACAGACAGGGUUAGGGAUACACCCAGAGAGCCAGAACAAUAGACCCAAGAAACAAUACCAAAGCAGAUCCUCCCUCAGCAGGAACCCUCCUUGGUUUUGUAGACUCUGUAGUGAGGAUAGAGCCCCAGGCCACCUGGUCUGCUGCAUUUUAACAAAACACAGGCCCAGGGCUCCUGGUUGACAUGGUGCUGCCAUUUGUAAGCGCCCCCAGAGACGGGCUUGGCAGUGCUGCAGCAGUGCCAGCUACCCGAGACAGCUGGGAACGCUGUGCCAAGGCCGAUUCCUCUCCUGGUGACAACUCAGCGGUGGGUCUCCAUUAGGCAACCAUACCUCUGACUUUGUAAGCAGCAGAAAGCUCUUUGCAGGGACAUACUAGAAGCCUCAGGUCUGAGCUCUCCUGAUGUUUGUUAGCUGUUUGCCUUGGCAAUGUUAACCAGUAAACAAUAAGCACUCAACCCUACUGGACAUCCUUCCCCAGAUGCAGUAGCUGCCAGUGGUCCCUGAGGCAGUAACACAUAAAGGAAUCCAGGCCUGGUACAUUAGCAGUGACCGGAAAGCAAGCAGCAGAGCUGGAAAUAAUGAGAUGUCACUGUCAUGGCUCCUUCUAGCCAUCUGCAGUUUGCAAUCCCCCCUCAUCAGCAGGUACCAGGAGCCCAGCUCUCCCCGGUGGCCCAGCACCGCCUGCCCAUGCUCAUCGGAAGUGACAGCGUUCGCUGGCUCCAUCCAUGUGCAGGGGUCUUUACACUGUUUGUCAGGGCUCCCUUGCCUCACUCUCCUCCACUCUCUAAAAGCCUUGAAUGAUCAUGAUGAAUUAUAGAUUAGCUCUGAUACAAACCACCUUAUGUCAGUUUUCUCAUUCAACCAUGUAAAAUCCUGCUGUUUUCCAUCCCCUUCCAGAAUGAUCACUGUAACAGAAGAGGAAGUGGAGUAACUCUUCAGUUGCAGCAACUUUUAGGGGAGAGGCCAGCAGAGCUCAACAUUUACAGGUGUGACACUCCUGGGCUAUUAAGUGGAGCACUUAUCCCUUAAAAACCUAUAGUCCUUUUAUUUUGGGUGGUGAGGAACAGAUGAAAUAAAAGGCCUGAGUCAAACACAUACAUGUAACAAACAGCAAGCCCUGCCUAGGACAGAGUAACCGCCAUCACUUACCUAAUCAGCUCCUCCUGAAGAGGCCACACAGCCCCUGCUGCUGAAGAUAGCUGUGCUGACACUGUUAACCGCUGCCCUAUAAGGUUACGUUUCCUGAAGCAAAUCCAGGCAACGAGAACAGCAAUGCCUGCCUGGGUAAAGAGGAAGGGCUAUCAGUGCUACUGCUCAGCUUACCCCACAGGCUCCCUCCUCCCAGUUUCAUCACCGAGGAAUUUGAACACCUCCUUCCAUCCAAACAGGACGGAUAACUAGUGUAAUUUCAAAGGGAAAAUACGCUCAUCAGUGCACGUCUUGCUGCUUGCAGAGCUAUUAGGAGGUGUGUUCCCUCGGGAAUAAGUCCAGCCACUGCUGCAGAUGCAUAGUUCACAUGUCUGUCCUGGUGCAGGUACAUAUGCAGCAAGCACCCAAACUGUAGCCCUGUCUGUGCGUACCUAUGGAUUUGACUCACGUUUCUUCUGACUCCCUUCUGUUCCAAACUGUCCACACAGAUGGCAAAAUACCUCCUUCCUUCAGCUUCCUCUCAGCCACAGGCUCCAGCUACAAUCGUGCAAGCGAGAGGAUGGUGUACUCAGGAGCUCUCUGAGGUACGUGGUUGCUGUCACAGGAAAAAACUUUCUCCUUUUCCCCAAGGUCCUGUCCACAGGCCCAUAACCGUCACGGAGGGUGGAGCUGAGCGCCUCCCCGCUCCUGGCUAAUCUGGACAAGAUAAGGCUGCAGCUCAGCCAGGAACCUGCAUGGAAAAGCUGUUCAGCAAACACACGAUGUGCUCUGGGUCCUGUUGCAGCGUGCCCUGUCCGUAGCGGAGGCCUCCUCCUCCCUUUGGGCACAGGUAGCUCAGGCAGCCCACUGCCACUUACAAAGUGCUCGUAUGGAGCUCGCUAAGCCUUUGGCGCUCUUGGCAGGCAACACACACAGUGCGGAUGCUGAGUGGCAGGCUCUGUCCUGUGCAAGUUGGAGGACAGAGCCCAUCUGACAUCUCGCGUGUACCUCAGCUCUGCAAGAGGUGCAAAAAACCACUGGCAUGUUUAGCUUAGAUGAAAGUCAACCAUGAUUUUGGAUGAACCCUAAGAGGGACAGCGUAUGGCAGGGGAGGAAGACAAGGAUGCCAUAUCAGAAGAAUCAGUCAUCAGUACCUGCAUCCCCCUCUCCCUCCACAGGGAGGGAAAGGCUCCAAUGACAGCCUUGCCAGAAUCCACACACUGAAUCCAGGUGCUGGGGAACAACAUCCUCACUACACAGGACAAAUCAGCAGCAGAGCCUCAGGAGAGCAAAAGAGGCAGGUCUCCACCUGGCACGGGACUGCAUAGUGAUGGGGUUGGCCAAAGAGCCUUCCUGAAACACAAGAGAUGAAGGGAAAUGCCACCUUUAUCAAGGGUAGCCCGAGUCCCUUUAUCCCCUGAUUAGACACAGAACCUGCCAGGAAAGGAAGAGAAAAAUGGAACAGCAGGUCCACAGCCCUCAAGAGAGGGCAAGAUGCCUUUUAGCAGCCCUUUGCACUGCCAGAUUGAGGGAACAAGGGUACAGCUGAAGAAAGUAAGCUGAAUUCAUGAUGGUUCCAGGCACUGGGAAAACCAUCUUCCCAAAUAAAAUAGAGGAGAACACCCUGGAGGAAGAUGAAGUAGGUUUAAGGUUUUAACGGCUGUGAACUCUUAUGCUAAACUUCAGCAAAAAGUCUGAUUCAGACAUUAUGCUGUAAAGAGGCUGGAGUGGACUGGACUGGCACUAAAAUGAUUUCAGCAACCAGGCUCAUGUUGAUAGAGCCUGAGACAUUUUCAAGUUGCACCAUUUGAUUUUUAAGAGGUCUUGGAAAAACCCCACAGGGACUGCUGGGAGCACCUUUGAGAAACAAAACCCAACCCCUCAAACCCACACAGAAGAAAAGGGCCCAUUCUUCUUCUUUUGACUUGUUCUCUUCAUGACUGCCCCUCUAUAUUCUUUACCACCUCUAAGGGGCCAACACAAGCCUCCUCUCAGCCAUUUUCAAGCUAUGCUAGCGUACCCUAAGAAGUUGUACAAGCUAUUUUGCCCUCUCCACUAGUGUAGCAGAGGACAACACCUCUACCAGUGGGACAAUGCAUACAACCCAGCCUUUCCAACUGGUCACCAGCUGGACCAGUUUGCUCCUUAAAGCACUGGAGCCUCCACGGCACAUAGAGCUGCUAGUCAAAUCUUCAUUUCCAACCCUUUUGUUGUUUUGACCUAACAUAAUUUCCAUCUGCAAAAGUAGCCAGAGACGUUUUCUGUAGCCUCCUUAGUAUCUUAACUGCUUCAGAAGCAGAACAAAGCAGAUGGCCUACCCUACAGUCUGUCCUGCAUUGCUUUGGUUUGUAGAGCAGAAAGGGUAAUGCUGUGCGAGAUGACUGAAAAGUUGCACCUAAAGGCAUUAAAACCUUGCAAGGCAUGAAAAGUAGCUCAGAGAUCACUAAGAACUCUGCCUUGCUCUGAGCACAAGAACUGACCAUCACCACACACACACACAAAAAAAAAAAAGGAAAGAAAAUUGCUGCUCAAAAAUGCAUAAAGGUAGAAGGGAAUCUUUGUUCUUUAGCUAAGAUAAUAGAAGAGUUGUGAACACUUUUCCAAGUGUGUCAGGGUGCCUUAAAGCAGAGCUGCAAUGGCAAAACAGAAAGCACCAAGAGAAAUAGCUUGUUCUGACAAAAGAAAAACAGUUUUAUAUACACACAUAUAGAUAUAAACAAAUACAUAUAAAAAGAAACCUACUGACAUUUAGCAAUUCUUUAGAAAGGACUGACAUGUGCAGCGUUGAAAGUAUUGUUUGUCUCUCCAAAGAGCACACUAUACACCAGGGGUAUUGUGCAGAAGGAUAAAUGCUACGCUUAGGUAAGUUUAUUUCUCCUCCUGCACUUCCCCAAGCAGACAUAACUUGUUCAGCCCUUCGGCAACAACACCUUAUUCUUCGUCAGCUCACGUGGUUCAGAUCUGGUGGCCUCUGCUUCAAUCCCUGACUGAUAUGCCAAGCAAGACAACAGCUCACACACACACACACAGAGUAGCAAUCUGCUGCUGGCAAGAUAUCACAGUCACCUAUUUUAUCUUUGAUCCUAACCCCAGAAGGGCAGAAAAACUGCCCCUCUCCUGCAAUGCCAUGAAAACAAUAUCAGCAUUGACCUACUCUGGUUCAGUACAUAAAAAUAAGCUAUCAAGAGAACAUAAUUUGGCAACGUUCCACGUUAGUCAGUCUGUGCUACAUAGAACACCAGGCAUCUACAGAGAGCUUUCAUCUAAGGUGGUUUCCCCCUCCCCCAAACAAGAAAGAUAAAAGAUGAC